CUCCCCGCCAUCACAUAUUCACCACUUCUCGCCUCACAUCACACCUUGGGAGGAAAAGUAGCUCACUCCGGAACGAUGUCUCUGCAACUUAACGCCGUUUAUGCCGCCCCCGCCCACGAGACGCGCACAUUCUCGUCCCCGCUUCCAACACUCCCGCAGUCGCCCACCACAUCAGACCGCACCGCCUUCCUCGAAGCACUACGGACAUCUGUAGUCGGCCUACAGCUCGAUAUCAACGAGUUCCUGACCAAGAAGAUGGACGAGGACAAUAAGGCUAGCGGUAAACUUGCAGCCGAAGAGGCCAAAGAGGAGGAAAACUACGGCGAGGAGGUUGUGGAGGAAGAUUGAUACAUUGAAUUCACUCCGCAAGCUUCUAUACUAUGAAGAUAUACCCAAGGCCCUCCGCGCGCCCAAGACCUGUCUAUCGAUUCCACGCCGAAAAAAUUUCGUCUGGUCGCCGAGCAAUGACGAUUCCACUCAUAAGCGCUCUUGUUCGCGUACCGACACAUUGGAUCUGUAUGGAUGCCCUUGAAUACUAUGACGAGGUCGAGUAACCUAAUCGGAGGCCGCGGGAUCGUCAGUAGCAGAGGAAAGAAGAAGCCAUCAUGAAGCGCAAAAUUCUGAGGCGAAGGGGGAUCACGAACGUAAGGAGGGUGAAAAGGCAAGGACGAUUAGCGCAAAGUCAUGGAGGAUUGUACUUGCAGGCGU